UCACUCACGAUAUACAGCACAAUAUGCAGUGGAUAUUUGCUCUGGUUCUCUGCCUUUGGGCUACGGGAAUUGCCGAGACACGUCAGAUACGCAUCAAUCGGUAUGCGGUCAGCGUUCAGGAGGAUGACGAUCAGCAGGCGGUGGUUCGAGAGCUGAAGCCCACGCCCACACCAUAUCCAGCAGCUGGCUUCAGACCGGAGGGACGCGGCUUCUGGCUGCCAGGCGAAGCCGCUGCAGAGGUGCUGCCAACUGAGGGCUCAGAUUUGGGCACAACUACUACGGAGUUGCCGCUGGAUGAUGUGAUAACAAGCACAACGGAAACUCCCGAUUUGAGUACAACAACAACAUUGGAUUCACUAGAUUCCACAACCACAGCGUCGCCCAUUGAAUUCCGCUCAGGCCGCGCCUUUGCCGGUGCGCCCUAUCCACCUGCCGGCUAUCGCCCAAGUCGCGCUUUUCUGCUGCCCACCGAGUUGAAUCUUGAACAGCAGCAGCAGCAGCAGCAAACAGAUGCCAGCAAUGUGACAGAGACAGCCGACAGCAACGCCAAUCAUCCAGUUUGUGGUGUGAGCACAAACCCGCUGAAGCCCACGCCAGAGCCUGGCUCCAAAGACGAGCCCGACGCAGAAAAUGUGCUGUUUACUACCAAUCUGGGACCAGCUGUGCUGGUGGCCACAGCACCUGCAUCCAAUGGCAUACCUGUGGCCAUUCCACUGCGCUCGCAGCCACUGAUUCGGGCGCCCCGUCGAGGAUUUGCCUAUACCACGCAUGUGGAGCAGCGUUGGUGA